UGGAGGAUAAGCUUUUAGUUUCUUCAAUUCAUUAGGGUUUAUCACAUUAAUUAUAUAUAUAAUUAAGUUUAAUUAAAACUCCUGAGAGAGAUGAACCCUAACAUGCAGAUGUUUAUAGUUGUUCUAACACUUGUGGUAUUUGCAGCUGGAGUUCAUGCAAGAAUUUUGCCAGAUUAUUAUGCACCAAUAAUGGAUUCUUCUUCGUCUUCAUCGGCGGAUAAGCAUUUGAAUAAACCAGUUUAUUCAGUGAUAGAGGUUGUCUGCGAUUGGCUUGUAAGAGUAACCGAUUCGGCCGGUUAUAUCAAUAUUUUAUGCGAUAAGGCUAAUAUCGUAAUUAUACCAUCGGCUGGUCUUGGGAAAACGGAUUCCCCGGCGCCUCCAGCCCCCGACCCCGCUUCCGGAAAACGACCAUUAGUUGCUUAUAGUUGAAAUACAUAUAUACAACAAUUAUACAUAGCUUCGUGAAUUUUGAAUAAUAUGUGUAAUUAGUUAGAAAUUAGGGUUUUUUGCAAAAACCACCCA